AUGGGGCUGGAAAACUUCAGAGACUGGUGUGGGGCCACGGGGAUGGGAAGCAGACCGCAGUGGGGCUUGUACCCUGAAGGCUGGUACUGGAGGCUGCCGCCCGGGAAGACUUGCCAGGGUCUGUGGGAGUCCACUUUCACCCGUCCGAGGAGAGCCCCUUCCCUGCCGCUUUUCUCUGUGGUUCUGUGGGGUGCCCUUCUGUGGGCUGGCUCCCUCCCCAAUCUGGCCUGGGGGGUGGGGACGUUUACCCUGGGGGUGCUGGGUCCCUGGGACUGUGACCCCAUCUUUGCCCAGGCUCUCCCCAGAGUGGCCGCCCAGCUGGCUGUGGACCGGGCCAACCAGGACGCCUCACUGAUGCUGGGCCGGCGGCUGGCUUCCGUGGUCCUCCCCACGGGCUGUGACACCCCUCGCGCCCUGGCCACGUUUCUGGCCCACCAGAACACCGGAGCUGCUUUCGUGGGCCCUGUCAACCCCGGUUACUGCCCAGCGGCAGCCCUGCUGGCCCAAGGCUGGGGCAAGACCCUCUUCUCCUGGGCAUGCGAGGCCCCUCCGGGAGGAGGUGAGCUGGUGCCCACGUUGCCGUCGGCCGCCCACGUGCUGCUGUCCGUCAUGAAACACUUUGGCUGGGCUCGUGUGGCCAUCGUGUCCUCCCGCCAGGACGUCUGGGCGGCCACAGCCCGGCAGGUGGCCGCGACUCUCAGGGCACACGGGUUGCCCGUGGUGCUGGUGACGUCUCUGGGACCCGGGGAGCAGGAGGCCACAGAGGUGCUGAGGCAGCUGCGCGGCGUGGGCGGCCUGAAAGUCGUGGUGCUGUGCAUGCACUCGGCGCUCCUGGGAGGCUCUGAGCAGACGGCCCUUCUGAGACAAGCGUGGGCCCAGGGCCUGGCAGAUGGGCGGCUGGUCUUCCUGCCCUACGACACCAUGCUCUUCGCCUUGCCCUACCGAAACCGCUCCUACCCAGCGCUCGGCCAGGGUGGGCCCCUGCGGGAGGUCUAUGAUGCAGUGCUCAGCGUCACCCUGGAGUCUGGCCCCGUGGACAAGGUCGUCAAAGCUGCCGGGGCCAGUGAAGAGGGAGCCGCCCACCCGGAUCCAGAGCAGGUGUCCCCGCUCUUUGGGACCAUCUAUGAUGCUGUGGUCCUGCUGGCCCAUGCCCUGAACCGCUCUGGGAGCCAUGGGGCAGGGCCCUCGGGCCACCUAGGGGCCCACACAGGGGCUCUGGAUGUGGCCGGCUUUAGCCAGAGGAUCCGGACGGACGAGAAGGGCAGGAGGCUGGCUCAGUACGUCAUUUUGGACACAGAUGGUCAGGAGAGCCAGUUGGUCCCCACCCACAUCCUGGACACAGGCACGUGGCAGGUGCAGCCCCUGGGCAGGGCCAUCCACUUUCCAGGAGGGGCCCCUCCGGCACGUGACUCCAGCUGCUGGUUUGACCCCAAUGCACUCUGCAUCAGAGGUACGCAGCCCCCGGGCAGCUUCCUCGCUCUGGUCCUGGCCUGUGUCGUGGUCCUAGCAGGCGGGGCCCUCACUUGCCUCAUCAGACUGGGCGUCCGGCAGCUGCAGCUGGUGCGGGGGCCUCAGCGGAUCCUGCUGACAGCCCAGGAGCUCGCCUUCAUCCACCCACCACUGAGCAGUCAGAGGCUGCAUACGGAUAGGGAGAGUGCGAGUGAAUCAAGAAGUGCGGCAGAUGGUGGGAGCCUGAGGUCGGUGGCCCAGGGGUCAGCAAGGAGCCCCCAGGAGCCUACCAACGUGGCCCUGUACCAGGGGGAGUGGGUGCGGCUGAAGACGUUGGAAGCUGGCACAGCCCCGGAGCUGCGGCCCAGCUGCCUCCGCCUCCUGAGACAGAUGCGAGAGCUGCGGCAUGAGAACGUUGCCACCUGCCUGGGGCUCUUCGUGGCCCCUGGGGUGAGGGCCCUGGUGCUGGAGCACUGUGCCCGGGGCAGCCUGGAGGACCUGCUGCAGAAUGAGGCUCUGCGGCUGGACUGGACCUUCCAGGCCUCCCUGCUGCUGGAUUUGAUUCGUGGCGUGCGGUAUCUGCACCAUCAACAUUUCCCGCACGGCCGCCUCAAGUCCCGAAACUGCGUGGUGGACGAGCGCUUUGUGCUGAAGGUCACUGACCACGGCUAUGCAGGGCUCCUGGGUGCUCGGCGGGCUCCCUGCCCGUGGCCCGCCCCGGAAGACCUGCUGUGGACAGCUCCGGAGCUGCUGCGGGGGCCCGGGGGGCCCGGGCGGGGCACCCUCAAAGGAGACGUCUUCAGCCUUGGCAUUAUCCUGCAGGAGGUUCUGACUCGAGGCCCACCCUACGGCUCCUCGGGGCUCUCGGCGGAAGAAAUCAUCAGAAAGGUGGCAUCGCCCCCUCCCCUGUGCCGGCCACGGGUGUGCCCUGACCACGGGCCGCCCGAGUGCAUCCAGCUGAUGGAGCAGUGCUGGGCGGAGGCUCCGGAGGACAGACCCAGCCUGGACCAGAUCUACACGCAGUUCAAAAGCAUCAACCAAGGCAAGAAGACCAGCGUUGCCGAGUCUAUGCUGCGGAGGUUGGAGAAGUAUUCCCAGAACCUGGAGGACCUGGUCCAGGCGCGGACUGAGGAGCUGGAGCUGGAGAGGCAGAAGACGGAACGGCUGCUCUCUCAGAUGCUCCCUCCGUCUGUGGCCGAAGCUCUGAAAACUGGCGCGACCGUGGAGCCGGAGUACUUUGACCACGUCACCAUAUACUUCAGUGACAUUGUGGGUUUCACCACCAUCUCGGCCCUGAGUGAGCCCAUGGAGGUGGUGGGCCUGCUCAAUGACCUCUACACGCUGUUCGAUGCCGUUCUGGGCAGCCAUGAUGUGUACAAGGUAGAGACCAUCGGGGACGCCUACAUGGUAGCAUCGGGGCUACCCCGGCGCAACGGGAGCCGGCACGCGGCUGAGAUCGCCAACAUGGCCCUGGACAUCCUCAGCUCUGUGGGCGGCUUCCGGAUGAGGCAUGCGCCCGACGUGCCCAUUUGCAUCAGGGCGGGCCUACACUCAGGGCCCUGUGUAGCGGGGGUCGUGGGUCUCACCAUGCCGCGGUACUGCCUCUUUGGGGACACCGUUAACACUGCAUCUCGGAUGGAGUCCACGGGGCUACCUUACAGAAUUCAUGUCAGCGGAAGCACCGUCCAGACACUGCUCAGCCUGGACGAAGGCUACAAAAUUGACAUCAGAGGCCAGACCGAGCUGAAGGGCAAGGGCGUGGAGGAGACCUAUUGGCUGGCGGGGAAGGCAGGCUUCCCCAGACCCCUCCCCACACCGCUGGACAUCAAACCUGAGGAUCCCUGGAAGGACCUCAUAAACCAAGAAAUCAGGGCGGCUUUUGCCAAAGUCCGCCAGUGCUCAGCUGGACCUUCGAGCUCAGGGAAGACCUAG